AUGGGUGCAUCUACCACUCUCCCUUGUAGUGAGGACGCCUCACCUCCUGCCUGGGUGUUGUCUAGUUUGCAUCCUGAGUGUGAGUAUAUCUUUCAGUUGGCAAGAGAUGAACAGCGGUGUCUCAGAGAGAUCACAGAUCUCGGGAACCUCAGCAGCUCCUCAGGUUGUCUGCCAGUAUGGGAUUCAGUAGUGUGUUGGCCCAGGGCUGCAGUGGGUGAGACGAUCCACUCGCCCUGUCCUGCUGUUUUCUCUGUCAUCAAGAACAACACGGGUAUAGUGAGUCGUAACUGUACGCCUGGCGGCUGGUCACAUCCGUUCCCUCCGUACCAUGAGGCCUGCAGUGUUGAGGACGAAAUCCCAGAGGAGUCAUACUUUGCCACAGUGAAGCUGAUCUAUACUGUUGGAUAUGGAGCAUCACUGCUGUCGCUCUCUGUUGCCGUGGCAAUACUGAUGCUCUUCAGGCGAUUACACUGUGCUCGAAACUACAUCCACAUGCAGCUGUUUUUGACCUUCAUCCUGAAAUCGGUGGCUGUGUUUAUCAAAGAUGCUACGCUGUUCUCCAGUGACGACACAGAUCACUGCACGCUCUCUACAGUGGCCUGUAAGGUGUCAGUGGUAUUUUGUCAUUAUUGCAUCAUGACUAAUUUCUUCUGGUUGCUGGUUGAAGCUGUGUAUCUGAACUUUCUGCUGGUCUCGGCCUUCCCGCGUAGCCGCCGCUGUCUCUGGAGUUUCGCUCUUCUGGGCUGGGGUUUUCCCCUGGUCUGCAUCAUCCUCUGGAUCUGCUCUAGACUAUAUUUUGAGGACACAGAGUGUUGGGACAUAAAUGAAGAUUCUCCUUACUGGUGGAUCAUCAAGGGUCCCAUUGUAGUGUCCAUAGGGGUGAACUUCUUUCUCUUCGUGAACAUCAUCAGGAUUCUGGUGCAGAAACUGAACCCUCGCUUGAUCCAGUUCAACAAUUCGGCUCAGUACAGACGACUGACCAAGUCCACCCUCCUCCUCAUCCCUCUCUUCGGCACUCAUUACAUGGUCUUCAGCUUUCUCCCAGACUACUUCAACGUGAGCCUGCGGCUGUGCAUCGAGCUGUGUCUGGGCUCCUUCCAGGGUCUUAUUGUGGCGGUUCUCUACUGUUUCCUGAACCAGGAGGUUCAGAAUGAAAUACGCUUACGAUGGAUGCGAAAUCAAGAGGGGAGUUACGUUGUCGUCCCUGUUGGAGCCAAAGGAAGUCAGAUGGAUACUCCAUUCUAGUCGCUAAAACUCACCAGUGCCUCC